AUGGUGAAGACAUCCAAAAUCGUCCCCCAAAAAGAAAAAGCUUUUUCUUCCCAAUCCGCCGCCGAUAAAACACCAGUGGAUCCCCGUCCUGAGGAGUGUGUUCCGGUGGCGUGCGUUCUUACCUCCGAUUUCAAACUUGAUAAAGGUUCGCAGGUUCCUGGCCGAUGUGUGGGCAAGGAUGCGGCUUUGAGGCCCUCGUCUGUCGAGGAAGAGGCUCCGGCCUCUGUCCCAAAGCUGAGAGAUUCGGGCAGAGUCCCCGAGUUGCUGGAGAUCGAAGAUGUUUCCCAUCGAAGCCGAUGGAUGGAGGAUAUGUCUGAAAGGGCUCUUCCCGAAUCUUUUCGAACCGAAGAGAAUGCCCCAGAUGACUCAUUUAGUGCAGUAGCAAUCGAAGGCUCGCCCACUUUCCCUGCUUUUUCCGCAGGGGCAAUUCAGGAAGCCCAAGCUUUGAGGGCCCUCGAAUUAGAUAGGCCUUAUGAUGGAGAGGAUCCUUUUCGUGACCUGUUCAUCAGCGUCGAAGACACUGCCGGUACAAAUGAUGCAUCAGAUCUUUUUCACGGAGUGCAGCAGGCUUUAAAUCAGGCCGCGGCAGUUCAUCGAGAAUCAUGUUCUCAAUCCCGAACUGAGAUGCGUCGAUACAAGGCCGAGCUUCAAUGGGUUACAGAGAAGAGGAACUCCUUAAAGCUCCUUUUGGGCCAAAGGAGAGAGGAAAUAAAAAACUUCCAAGCUGAGUUGGCCAGGGCUCACCAAGAUCAGAUCGAUCUAUCCGAGCAGGGAAACCAAAAAAAACUCUAUGCCUAUCGUGUUGUAGAGAUUGAUAUAUAUAGUGACAACUUUCUAGAUGAUGAUCCUACUUGUCUCAAAAUCUUGGAAAAGAUGCUUAAGAAGUGCCACUACGAAGUCACCACGUGUAAUCGAGCAGAGGUUGCAUUGUCUUUGCUCCACGAAAACAAAAACGGAUUUCACUUAGUUAUAAGUGAUGUACACAUGCCAGACAUGGAUGGUUUUAAGCUUCUUGAGUACAUUGGUUUGGAGAUGGACUUGCCUGUUAUAAUGAUGUCCGCGGAUGAUAGUAGAAAUGUGGUUAUGAAAGGUGUGAUUCAUGGUGCACAUGAUUAUCUUAUCAAACCAGUACGCAUUGAGGCGCUGAAGAACAUUUGGCAGCAUGUUGUUCGAAAAAAUAAGGACAAGUGGAAGGGCAAGGUGUUCGAUCAAUCAGACACUGUUGAAGAUGGAGAAUGGCCACAGGAACCACCAGAAGAUGUUGAGUACUCGUCUUCAGCUAAUGAAGGGAGCUUGAAAAGCUCGAAGAAAAGAAAGGAGGAAGAUGAAACUGAAGAAAGGGAUGAUAUGGUCGCGUUGAAGAAGGCACGUGUUCUUUGGUCCGCGGAGCUUCAUGAAAAAUUUCUACAAGCUGUCAAUCAACUUGGAAUGGACAGGGCUGUUCCCAAGAAUAUUCUGGAACUGAUGAAUGUUCCUUGGCUAAAAAGAGAACAUGUUGCUAGCCACCUUCAGAAAUAUCGGCUGUUGCUAAAGAAGUCGAUGGGUGUAUCACAGCAUCAGAGUGGACUGAAUUAUUCUUUCACAGGAUACUCAGAAGCAACUUUUGGGACACCGCCUAACGGUCUUGAUCUUCAAACUCUUGCAGCUACUAUUCAACUUCCUGCACAAAGUCUUGCUACCCUCGGGCCAGCAGCAUUGAGUCAGUCUGCAACAAAAUAUUCCUUAUAUGUUCCCCUGGUAGACCAGAGAAACCAUUUUAGCUUUGAAAAUCCCAAGUUGAGAUUUCAGGGUCAGCAAGAGCUGAACAACAGCAAUAACCAAGUUAACUUGCUUUACGGAAUCCCAACAGCCGUGGAACCGAAGCAGUCCUUACGGAAUGGUAUCGUUGACAAUGCACGAGGUAGUAUAUACAAUCAGGCUUCCCAAGCAUAUUCAGCGGUAGAUUUCUCACUGAACCAAAACAUGCAGUUGCGACGCAGAGGCUUUCCUGCGAGUGGCAAUUCAGCAACGGCCACUCUGGCAACUAAAGGGAUGCUUAAGGAAGAGGUUAACUCUGACUUUAGAGGAUCUAGAGGGUUCUCUCCUAACGACGAUAGUUUCAGCGGAUUGUAUCAGCAAAAGACACAGGACUGGCGUUUACAGAAUGUUGGAUCAACCUUUGAUACCUAUAUACAACAUGGUAUUUCUUCAUUGGAGAAGAGUGGACAGAACACAAAUGCUCCAAUCGCGGAAACAGUUCUCUCUAACGAGCAAGAAACUGGACGCGUUAAUCUUAUGGGCAGAUCACAACCUAACUCAAUUCUUGGAGAUGAGCCAUUUGGACAGGAGGACCUCAUGAGUGCAUUUUUCGAGCAGCAACAGCGACAAAAUGUUGGACCAGUUGAAACUGCGUUUGGCGAUGAUGACGAUCCAUUGGACAAUCUUCCAAUGUAAGACGUGAAGAAUAUGCUAUGUAUUCACGCUACAUUUCUGCACUAACCGUGCAGGAACUGAGGCAGGUGCAAUUGGCAGUCAUACCGGCGCGCACCCCCGUUACCUCAAGACCUAGGGGUGAGCUGCUUCCUAAGUCGUUCUGCAGCUCCUGGAGUCUCUCUUUUGUAUCUAUUUUCUGUCUACUUUAUUUCAGAUAGUAGUUAGAGUUUUGUAUAUGGUUUUGCAAAUGCAUACAUGCAAAGUUUUGUAUGUUAUAG